AUGACAACAAUAACCAUGAGUAGUACUGAUACAUAUUUAAAUAAAAUAGCAAUAACAACAACAACAACGAAUAUAACUACAAUAAUGAAUCAAAAUCAAUCAACCACUACAACUAUUAUUGAAUCAUCAUCAUUAGAUGAUCUUUGUAAAAAUUUUCAUCUUAUCAUCUUUCUAUGUAUUAUAUUUGUCUUAAUUGUUUCGGCUAAUAUAUCAGUUAUUCUUCAAUUAAGUUGUUCAAAAAAAUGUCAUAGUCGAAUGAGCUUCUUCUUAUUGAAUCUUGCAUAUGCGGAUUUGUUUGUUGGCAUUAUUAUUGUUACUCGUGAUAUAAUCGAAAAAAGUUGUAUUCCAUUUGGACUUGGUUCUAUUGGUUGUCGAUUGACAAGUUUCAUACAAGGUACAAUUUCAUAUAAUUCAAGUUAUGUACUUGUUUGUGUAUCAAUCGAUCGUCUUUAUGCUAUUAUUCGACCCAUGGACGUACGAACAGCAUCCUCAACAUUUCGAUAUUCGUUAAUCGUCGCAUCAUGGGUGAUAGCAAUGACAUUUGCUUCUGCUCAGCUUUAUUUACGAGAUAUUGAAAUAAUACGUGGUAUGCCAGUAUGUGGUAAUCGAUCUGACGUUGUAAAUUGGAAUGCAUACGUCUAUUUUCUAUUUAUUUCCAUAUAUUUGGUUCCAUUAAUUGUUAUGACUGUUUCAUAUGUAGUUAUAAUUGUAAUAAUAUGGAAAAAAAGUUCAAUUGCUAGAAAAGAUCGAACAUCAAUUGAAAGAAAAAAUAAUAGUUCAAAAUUUCGUCGAUUAAUUGGAGCUAAAAGAGCGUUUUUUAGUGAUGAUCAUCAAAUGGAAUCGAGCAUUCGUAAUGAACGAUCACUUGGUGUUAUACCACGAGCAAAAAUAAAAACAGUUAAAAUGACAUUAGUCAUUGUUAUUGCUUUUACUGCCUGUUGGUCUCCUUAUUUUCUUUUAAUGAUUAUGAAUUCACUAAAUCUAAUUCAAAAUUAUCUUCUUAUUCGAGUAACAUCAUCAUUAUGUUAUAUGAAUUCAUUGGCUAAUCCACUUAUUUAUUGGUUAUUUGCAACAGAUUUUUGUUUUCGUUGCAGACAAAAUUGUGGUUGUAGUUAUUUAACAAGACGAUCAUCUGAUAGAAUAAAUGGUGGACGUUGGUCAUUAACAGAAACUCGAUAUAGUAAUGCAAGUACGAAACAUCCGCAUCGUCGUUCAACUGAUGAUAGUCGUUCACAAAAAAAUCGCGUAUAUUCAAGUCGUCAAUCAAAUUAUCGUUUACCACCAGCAACAAAUCAAUCAAGGACAAUUAAACAUAUUGUUCAACAUCGAAGUUCUCAAUCAUCACUUUUAUAUGGUUAUCAACAUCGUACUUGA